GGAAACUCGAAGUAGUAAUUGCACUUCAAACUUUACCGGCAAGCAUCACGGCAUUCACCAUCGUCUCUGGUCAUCACCGCUGCACUGCACCACCUGGUUCGCCUGCCGCUGGCUAAUCUUGGAGCAGGUUGAUUGUGAUAUUCAUGAUCAUAGGACUUGAACUUGAAGGCCUAAUUGAGUGUCCCGACGCCGAGGAAGACACGCCGCCAGUCAUGUUCAGAGAGAAACACGUUCUUCCAGAUCUUUCGACUGGUCAAAGAGACCCUGAUGACUGGAAGAUUGGCAGGCUGCGAACUGUUGACUAUCUCUUGGACACAAGAGUGCUGACUUACGAACCUACAUUGAGCCUUUUGGCUGUUGGCACGGCAGAUGGCCUGAUUUAUGUAGUGGGCGGUCCUGGUGUAGAGAGUUCGGUGCAGACGCCAGAAGGUUCUCCCGUCAAGAUCUUGCAGCUUGCCGCCUCCACGGACAGACUUCUCUCUGUCGAUGAGCGCGAUCGACUCCAUAUCUGGAACUUAAAAGAUUUGACCGAACCACCGAAGUCAACGAGAUUUGACCAUGCUAUCAAUGCUGUCAUGUUGUCACCUUCACAUACCCAUGUCUUUCUUGCCCUGCAAUCGGGAGAGAUCAGAACAUAUGAUCUUCUGUGUUUGAAGAAGUCACCCUAUGUUAUCCCGAACUUGUGGAAUAUGUUUCAGACCAAGAUCGCGAGCAGCGUGGUAGAUCCCUUGCAUGCAUUGCCUGGUUGCACCAUACCUGUCGAUUUAGUUGCACAUCCGCGAGACCUCAACUUGAUGUUUGUAGCCUUCGGUGGUCAGUCAUUUCUAUGGUCAAGGGGGUCUUCACGCAACAUUCUACGGGCGUACGAACUUGUAAUCCCUGCUGGUGCACCAGGAGGGGGAGGAUAUCACCAAUCCGAAGUACUCACACACCGGCGGCCUUCCGUUACUUCUGUAGCUAUUCACCCAGCUGGGCAUUUCUUUGCAGUGGGUUAUGCAGAUGGUUGUGUCGCCUUUUGGGCGGUAGAAGACGAAGAUCAGCCUCUGAUGGUGCGAACAUCCACAGAAUUGGAUGUUAAUGUCAUAAAUGGAGAGGAACUUGAAAAGUUUCUGCAAAAUGGGGGUUCUUCAGAAGAAAAGGGAACUAAUUUGGCAGAACGUCAGCCGAUCUAUAGGGUCGCUUGGUGUGGUUUCCCGAACUCCUCAGAUCCCCGAGGAGGAGCAACUGCUCUCGUCUUUUUGGGAGGCGACAGAGUUGACGACCCUUGCCGUUUAACUGUAUACACAAUGCCCGCUCUCGACUCUCCGGAACCUCCUGCUCCUAUCUGGUUCCAAAACUGGGCUCCACGCUUCUAUCCGAAAUGCAAUGCGACUUUCGGGCCUGUUUAUGACUUCGUCGCCUUUCCAAAGGCUAAUCCACAUUUUUCUGGUUGCUGGGAUCCUGUUGCCCUGCUUUUUCUCACUGCAGCCUCCCCUGGUUCACGGAUGGUUGAGGCUAGACAGUUCCUGCCUCCGAAAAUGAUAUUUCCGCUGCCGGAAGCCGGCGAUGUUAUACAUGACCUUCCCACGACGCUUGAGGAUAUGACACUUAGCGGAGUAGAACCUCCACCAAUGCACGUUCCUUCAAAAUUGUACAGUGGGCUUGGUGGGGUAUCUUAUGCACAGCUCUUGACUCUGCAACGAGGUGUGUAUGAUGUACUUGUGGGACAACAGCCCGUGCUUGAUGAUACGGAUUUACCUGUCGUUGGGGGGUCUGCAUGGAUAGACGAUAAAAGACUCAGUGAGCUAAGGCUCUCCAGGAGCCAUCCGCGCCGAAUCCUUAUCACCUGUCAUCGUGACUCAACUGUCCGAUUCUACGAUGCCAGCCCUCAGCUUCUCAUCAGCUCCAGCACAUCUCCUCUUCAGAAGCAUUACCCUUUCGCGAUCCAUGAUCUCACUAUAGAUCUCAGCUGUCUACCACUUUCCAGUGCCCCUGAAGUCGCCACUGUUCAAGUAGCCCCCGAAUCCUUGGAGUGUAUCGUGCUACUGAAAUCAGGCGACCUCCUGGUAUAUCGUUUGAACGCAACGCAAUUUGUCCUGCUGCGUAAUGUUGCUUUACGACCAGGGACGAGGUACCAUCCCUUCUUGAUGCUGCCUCGUGGUAAUGUUUCCUUGACAUGUUGUGCAUUAUCGGACAUAGGUUUCAUUGGUGUUGGUUAUAUCGAUGGCUCUGUCGCAGUGAUCGAUCUGCGUGGACCAUCUCUCCUUAGACCCCAGCGUCAGAAAAGGCAGUCUAAGCUUCUGGUCCGCAAUCAAGAUAGAGACCUUGUUGUCUCCCUGACGUGGACCGUUUCUGCUGUCAGCAUGGAUCCACAGCUAGCUGUGCGGCUGAUCGCCAUACAUGAGUCUGGCAACACGCAGGUCUUCAAGAUCAUCCGGGAUCCCGAGUCUUCGAUGUAUGAUUUUGCACAUGAUGUUACCAGGAUCGAGGGCCUCCCAAAUGUCCUGCAAGGUGGUUCAUUCGUGAUCGAUUCGCAGAAAGGUACUACUUGGCAUGCCAAUCGAUCACGUUUUGCCGCUGCUCUCCAAACUGGAGAUAGCAAUCCUGCACGUUGCUUCUGGGUGACCGCAAAUGCCAAGGGUGCUCGUUGUAUGCUUGAUAUCUCAGGGGAGAAGAUUUCCAAAGUAGAGUGGAAUAGCAAGAAAAACAAAGUUGGACACGUUCAAGUGAUUGAGAAGAACAAUUCUCACGUGCUCGUAGCAUUUAAUGACAAACCAGAAGCUAUGGUUUACUCUUUACCUUACCUUGAACACUUGCAUACCUUCUCUCUUGCAAAAGUAUGUGAAAAUGUCGUGUCUGUGGACGAAACGGGAGAUUUCAUUGCCUUGAUGCGCCACGAUUCAGGCGUACUUGAACAAAUUGUAUUUGGUACACUUUUCAAGACUCGUCGUGUUUAUGAUCACCCAAUCGUUGAUCUGACAAGUUUUCACCGCGAAAUUCCCCCUUACCCACAGCCAGUGUCCGUUGGUCCCCCUUCGUUACUGGGCUCAUGGUUCCGGUAUGGGAAACCCGUUAUGACUGGAGAGCAGCUCGACGCGCUACUUGCGGGCCCCGACAGACCUAUACCGCCGCCGGAUCAUAUGCAAACAUCACAGGACACGACCGCCGCUUAUGGACCCGGUGUCAUAAAGACGGUGGAGAAUGCUCGCGAUGGCGUCUACAACCGUCUAAACGAUGCUCUUGCUGAAAGGGGGUGCGUACAUGAUCCGACCAUUUCUCCGAUGUCAGCUAAGAGACUUGCAACUGAGCAAACCGCUAGACGUUGGUUCGGCUUCUGAGUUGACCAACAAGAUACACGUCAGCCAACGACACCCAAAAAUCGAAGUUCUCGAUGUAUAUCAUUAUGUAUAUCCGCGUACUAUAGGAAACUCCAGCUAUGUAAUAAUA